AUGUACUACUCACUGCAAUUUCGCUCGUUUUACUGGUCUACGUACCAUGCUCGGCGCAUAGCCGUAUUAUUGACUUGUUUUGUCAAAUUUCUCACCUAUGGCGAAAAUAACGAUUUGGAAAGGAGUAGAAUCUACAAACAAGCUGAUGCACACACCAACACCACUAUCGCCUGUGUAACUGCUCAACUUCCGAAUGCCAUAUAUUAUCUCCAAGUAUGCCGCUUACCGCACCAAUUGAACAACCUGUUGGGUCACCCUCCAUGCAUACAUCCUAUUACCUGCGCUGUUGAUUUUUUUUUUCCCUCCCACGUCUGGAUCGCCCGGCACAUCAAUCAGAAAAAAUUAUUCCCCUUCCAGGAUAUUACAACGUUCAUGGACAAUUCCAAACCUAAUCUUGUAAUAAUCCGCACUCUAGAGCGCAAAAUAUACCUCCUCUUCCAAUCCCAGACCUCAUCAUCUAGCCUAGAAUGCCAUUUUCAAUUGCCCUUCUGGGGGAUACCUCGAUGCGUUGGCUCCAACAGCAUUCCAGUACCCACCGACAUAUUCCCAGGUUCUUGGAGCGGCGAGGCCGAGCAAUUGGUCCGAAAUUUGGUUGAAAAACCGGAAGACAAGCCCAACUCACUACCAGCAAAGCAGCUUUCCAACCCAGUCCGCACAAUCAUUAAGCGCGAUGGGAAUGUAUUCAAAGCCGCAAAACUAUGGGGCGAAUUCCUGACGAUUACUAUACCGCGAGGCCACCGGGAGGGUCCUGUAUCCAUAUAUGCUAAUGGUCUAAUGGGGAUAUGGGUUGACAUGAUCAUUACACUUGUUACAUAG